AUGGCCCCUCCCAAAACUCUCAAUUUCAUCACCGGCAACAAAAACAAACUCAUCGAGGUGAAAGCCAUCUUGGGUGAUACGAUUGAUCUCCAAAGUCAAUCUCUAGAUCUCGUUGAGAUCCAAGGAACCAUUGAAGAGAUCUCCAGCGAUAAAUGUCGAAGAGCGGCUGAAAUUAUCAAGGGUCCGGUUCUGGUUGAGGAUACAUGUUUAUGUUUCAAUGCGUUGAAAGAACUGCCCGGUCCAUAUAUGUAA